GAAAACUAUGAAGUAGCUUUUGAGAACUUGUAUUAAUUAUUUAAAGAUUCUGAUUUAACAAUGGAUAACGAAUUUCCUGACCCUGAAGAUGAAUUUGAUUUGGAACAUGAAGAUGAAUAUGAAGUUUUACGGGAACUGGAAGCUGCUGAGAGGGGAGAAGUAAUUUCUAAUAAGUCUAUAGUGGAAAGUCAAAUCACAAAACAAAUAUCCCAAAACAUUAACAGUAAUUCACAACUCACAAAUAAAUUUUCCAAUAGUCAAAAUACCCAAUCGAACGAUCUAACUUUGAUAGAAACUGUGCAAAAUCAGUUGCAGUUAAGUAUCGAUACUAGUAGAAAAAGACCUAUAGAUCAAAUUUCUCAAGAAACGUUAUUUAAUAUAAAUGAUUCCAUUGAUGUAAGUGAUUUCAAUGGAUUUGAUCAGGUGAACCUGCAACAAAAUAAAAGACCUUGUUGGGAUCAACCGGAUGAAGUCAUAAGAUUAAUUCUUGAUAGAAGAAAACUUCUUCAAAGUGGUUUCACAAAUAACAGUAUUGUAGGAAAUAUUGAAAAAUCAACUUAUGACAGGACGAAAAAAAAUUCCAUAACAACAAGAGUUCCGAAAUAUGAUUUUAUUGCCCUCACUCGUACUGAAGAUGGAAAUCGUAUAUACAUAAAAGUAUCUGAAAAAAAUAAAUAUGUACCAAAAGCUUACAAAUCAAGUUCUGGGUUUUUAAUUAAAUCUUUCAAUCAUUUGAAAGGAGAAGCUGAGAACAUAGUUUCUAAAAUCAAUAAAAGAGAUGAUCUAUUUUUGGAAUCAUCAAACCAAGAAAAUCUUAGCUGUGAGUUAUGGGUUGACAAGUAUCGCCCAAAACGAUAUUUGGAAUUGCUAUCAGAUGAACAUGUUAAUAAAUCAUUACUCUACUGGUUGAAACUUUGGGAUAAGAUUGUAUUCGACAGAGAUCCAAAAGUCAGAUCUAAGAAGCCUCAAGCAUUUUCAAAAUUCAAAAGCAAGUUUAAGAAGAAAGAAAAUGUGCCUGAUCAUGAUAGUAAAGGUUUUCCAACUCAAAGAAUAGCUUUACUUACUGGUUCUCCUGGAUUAGGAAAAACUACAUUAGCACAUAUAGCUGCAAAACAUGCUGGAUAUAAUAUUGUUGAAUUGAAUGCAAGUGAUGAUAGAGGCCCUGAAGCUUUUAGGGAAGCACUUUUGGCUUCAACCCAAAUGAGAGCUGUGAUAGAUCAAGAAAAACGUCCUAAUUGUCUUGUUUUGGAUGAGAUUGAUGGAGCUCCAGCAGCUUCGAUUGAUCUUCUUUUGAAAUUUAUUCAUGGCAAAUUAGCUCCAAAAGGAAAAAAUGCUAAAAAAAAUCAAAAAGAAAAUAAUGGUUGCCGACGACCGAUUAUUUGUAUUUGCAAUGACUUAUACACUCCAUCGUUAAGACCUCUUAGAUCAAUGGCAUUGAUAUUAAAUGUACCAGAAAUAAGUCCAGCAAUGUUAGCUGACCGAUUGAAAAAGAUAGCAUGUAAGGAAGGUUUACAGGUGGAUUCCAAAGUUUUAUUGGAUUUAGCGCAGAGGUCAGCUUGCGACGUCAGAGCUUGUUUGGGAAUAUUACAAUACACCGGUGGAAAGCCUGAUAUGUUGAAAAAUCUGGCGUUCGGUUUGAAAGAUAUGCGAAAAGGUCUUUUUGAAUCGUGGAAAGAACUGCUGCAAGUACCCAUGACUAGAGAAGGAAUUGUAUCGGAGCACAAGAGAGCACAAAAAGUCGUCAAGAUUGUUCAUCAAGGAGAGCCCGAGCGCUUGAUGCAAGGAAUUUUCCAUAAUUACCCGGAGAUCUGCAAAGAUAGGAUCGUGCUGGUAUCCGAGUCGUUGGAAUGGUUUGAAUUCUAUGACCAAGUAAACGCGUUAGUAAUGGAGCGUCAAACUUGGAUGCUAAUGCCAUACACGAUGUCGGCAUUCGUGGCUUGGCACUUGUACUUGUCGGGCACGCAGGUGCCGAAAAUCUCGUUUCCAUCAGCCGCAUUAGAGGUGAAUCAGAAAUUAGAAAGGAACAUGGCGAUUUUGACGAUAACGAAGAAAGUAUCCAAGUACGAUAUCUUAACACUGAUCGCGGAAAUCUUGCCAUAUUUGCCUGAUUUACUGACUCCAAAAUUGCGGUCUGUGAACGCACAGCUGUACUCACAGGCAGAAAAACAAAAUCUCGAUCGGUUGGUGAAUCUAAUGUUGGACUUUGGAUUAACGUUCACGCAAGAGAAGAAGCCCGAAGGCGGGUACGAGUACAUUCUCGACCCCAAUGUUUGGGACAUCGGUACCUUUCCCGAAGGAAAAGCUCGCAAGCAGUUACCUUAUGCUGUUAAGCAGAUAGUCAUUCAAGAAUUGGAGGCAGCGAGAAUACGUCGAAGUGUCAUAAUGAGCGGCGAAGAAGAAACGAAGAAGCUGUCGACAUGGCCGUCAUCGUCCUCGAAAGAAAAUCCCGGCCAAUCAAAAUCCAAAGCGGACGGGAGCCUCCCAAACCAUUUGAAGCAACAAUUGAAUCCAAUCGAGAUAACACCGAGGAAUGACAAGCGCUGUCGUAACUUUUUCUCUGCAUUCCAAAAGGCAGGACAAGAAAACUUGAAAACCAAGAAGGCAAAAGACAUAGAGAUGGGCAUAAUAAGUCCAGAAACACUAUCGAAGGCCGAAAGGGACAGGGCUUUUGUCAAAGCGAAAAUGGAUUUAAUGAAAAGCGAUGUACAUUAUGUAUAUAAUGAGGGUUACACCAAUGCUGGAGUCCACGUUAUGAAUUAUAUUUACGAUAACGAGAACAAAAACAUUUUACCCGUACGAGCCAAGCUGGUUCAACAGCUUCAAGGCUGCGAUCAUCUUCUUCUCAUUAAAAUUCUCAUUCAAUUUCAAAGGGUCAAAUUGGCAAUUGUUACAUUUCUUGGCCACGAUGGUCGCGAUGAGUUUCAAAGUUAUUUUCAUGGAAAAAUUUAUUUGAGAUAUUAAAGGAUUUGAAGAUUGAAUUUUUAAUCAAUACUAAUAUAACAGAUAGUUCAUGUAUUUUUAAAAACUGAAAGCGUUCAUUUAAGACUAUUUAAAACUUCAUAUGAGUUUCAUUGAUCAUAUUACUGUAAAAUUGUAAUACACUUUGAUUGUUCAGAAAAUUGUACUAUUUUUCCUUAUUUGCUUUUUAAAUUAACAUUUAUCAAUGAUCAAGA